CAAUCCACAAUCUUCAGCACCACCAUGCAAACUAAAGCAAAGUUUUUUCUGCUGACGUCUGACCCGCCAACAGCUGUUAGGUGGAUGUCCUCCAAAGAAAAGGGUUCGACAUAGAGGUAGCUAUUUUUAGGUACUCAAUAUUGUUUUGUAAUACAUAAACCCUCGUGUUAUGGACUAAGUCUGCAGCUAUGGCCUCAGCAGACUAUGGAUACUACCGUGGCACUAUAUUUCUGGCCAUGUUUUUGGGCUACACGCUGUACUACUUUAACAGGAAGACAUUCUCCUUUGUGAUGCCUUCUGUAAUGCAAGAAAUUAAGCUGGAUAAGGAUGAUUUGGGCAUGAUCACCAGCAGUCAGUCUCUGGCGUACGCUAUCAGUAAGUUUAUCAGCGGUGUGCUCUCGGACCAGGUCAGCGCCCGUUGGCUCUUCUCCAUUGGCCUGUUCUCGGUGGGAGGCAUCAAUGUGGUCUUCUCCUGGUCCUCCACUGUAGCUGUUUUCUCUUCCCUGUGGUUUCUCAACGGCCUUGGCCAGGGUUUAGGAUGGCCUCCCUGUGGCAGGGUUCUGCGCAAGUGGUUUGAGCCCUCUCAGUUCGGAACAUGGUGGGCAAUUCUCUCCUGCAGCAUGAAUUUGGCUGGCAGCCUGGGCCCCAUUAUUGCCUCUGUUCUGGCCCAGAGUUGCAGUUGGAGGACGAUACUGUCAGUGUCUGGAAUGAUUUGCGUGGUGUUCUCCUUUGGAUGCCUGCUGGUCAUCAAGAAUGAGCCUAAGGAUGUAGGACUUCCCAAUAUAGAGCCAGCAACUAAGAAGAGCAAAGGAGGUUCUUCCAGUGAUGAAAGCACCCUCUCAGAGUUCCUGCUGUCACCCUACCUGUGGCUGCUAUCUGUGUCCUACCUGGUGGUGUUUGGGGUGAAGACAGCAUGCAGCGACUGGGGCCAGUUGUUUCUCAUUCAGGACAAGGGCCAGUCAACACUCAUGGGUAGUUCAUACAUUAGUGCCCUGGAGGUUGGAGGCCUACUGGGCAGUUUAGCAGCAGGUUACAUCUCUGACAAGGCUGUGGCUAAACAAGGCAGGAGAAUGUAUGGGAAUCCCCGUCAUUUCAUCCUACUCAUGAUGAUGGCUGGAAUGUUUGUGUCCAUGUACCUAUUCAGAGUCACCAUCACUCCUGACAGCUCAAAGGUACCUGCUUCAGACAUCACACUGGAUGCAAACACAGAGUAUAACAUAUUCACAUAUAUUGACGUCAUCCUACAUAUCCCUGUAAGCUUCCUUUAUGUGCAUAUUCAGGUAUGGAUACUCACCUUGGGUGCUGUUUUUGGCUUUUCCUCUUAUGGACCAAUUGCAUUAUUCGGGGUUAUAGCUAAUGAGAGUGCUCCAUCCAACUUCUGUGGCACAUCGCACGCUAUUGUUUCUUUAAUGGCCAACAUUGGUGGCUUCCUGUCUGGGCUACCAUUCAGCACCAUUGCCAAGCACCACGGCUGGGAAAUGGCCUUCUGGGUAGCAGAGAUAACCUGUGGUGUCUGCACUAUAGGAUUCUUCCUCCUCCGCAACAUCAGAACCAAAAUGGGUCACUUGCCCAAGAAGACAGAUUAAAACACAAUCACACCUCAUAACUACAAGUGUAAAAUGGAAUAUUCUGAGCCACAGUUAUAUUUUCAUAUUUCUCUUUUUUAUACCACAGUAUUUUCUGUCAGCCAUAAAUAACAUGAAUGUAAAAACUAUAUCUUAAACAGUUAAGCAGUUUUUCAAAAAAGGCAAGGAGCUUCUCCUUGAAUGGUUUACACUUUGUAAUAAACAACACACUAACUCAGCUUUGAAAUACAAAUGAGUUCACUUUAUGUAUAAACACAAGAACUGAGAAGCUGAUGGUCAAUAAAAAGGCUCAAAACUGGUAGCAGUUUCAGAUGUUGAAAUCUGGUGCACGAACCUUGAUUUUUCUAAUGGUUCUUUCUAAAUAGAAAUAAGACUUACAAGAUGUUCAUUAUUUAGA